AUGUCAGAAGGAGAACUAUCAGAAGAGGAGGGUGAACCAAAGUUAAAAAAAUAUAUCUCUAUUAAAGAAGUGCCACGUGAACUUUUAAGAGCACUACGUAAAGAAAUCAACCUAAUUACGUCAAGGUUACGACCUGAGCAUCAACUUAAACUUUAUAAAACCUUUGAGGAUCAACGCGACCUUGUUAAAACCUCAAUACUUUCACGAAUCACGAGUGCCUUGGACAAGGAAACAUUCCCAGUAGUCAGUGGUAUAAUUUAUAAAAUGCUACACCAACGCCACCGACAUCAAAGGGAUGAAUUCAUUAAAGGACAAAAAUCGCCAACAGAGGUGGACAAUCAUAAAAGAAGGAGACAUAAAAAUGGUCGUAGAGAUGCGAAAAGAAAACAAAGAGCGAAAACGAUAGAUCAUUUAUUUGAACUAAAAGAGUUGUUAAGGAACUAUGUGGACAAAAUUCAUAAUGAAAUGUCCAAAGUAAAACCAACUCGAAUAAGAAGUCACGGACCAGGGUUUGCGUCGGAGGACAAACCACCAAUAAAUGCGCCAAAAUGGAUGUUGGCCAAAUACAAAACUAAGACCGUAGAAGAGGAGAAUAAAGUCGAUGAAGCCGAUGAAGUUGAAAGUGAGGAUGAAGUCGAUGGGAGUAAUAAAGUCGAUGGGAGUAAUGAAGUCGAUGGGAUAAUGGAGUUGAUGAAGAGGAGAAUGAAGAUGAUGAAGGAGAAGAAUGAGAUUGAAACUUCGUAG